GGAAGCUUCCGUAGCACGCAGAGUGCCUAGGUAUGAACGGAGACGGGAUCUGAACGCGCGCUGGGAAGAUGGCAUUGCAACAUGAUACCCUGGAGAAAAUACUCCAGUUUGCAGAAACCAAUCACAAACUCGAAGAAGAACGCGACCGCCAUCCAAUUGACCACCGCGCGUACAAUCAGAAGCUUGAUCAGACCCUGAGCCAACUGCAAGCUCAAGUAAGGCGCCAGGAAGAUGCUCUACAACAGCUCCGGCGCUCAACUAUACACGGACUUCCCCGCCCAGGCCUCGAGCCCCGCAUGCGCCUUGCGCAAAUCCGGCGCGCAACAAAAGCCUACAAAAGCCUCUCACAGACCGUGCCAGACCUACCACACCCAGACUCCCCCCUGCCCACCCUCCUCGCAUUGCGCGAGUCAUCUCGCCAAAUCCUGGAUCUCAAAUCAAGCAUAGAUGCCACAGCACACGACCUCAGCGCAAGCCGGGAGCGACUAAAGGCCGAACAAGCGGCUGCACGCGACGCGCAACUGAUUAGCACAGGUUUAGAUGACCGCAUUAAGACUCUCCAGUCCGCACGGCCAGAGGAGCGCGAGAAACGGCCGGCGCAGUUGGCGAAGGAGUUCAUGCAACAGCAGCGCAGGCGCAAGGUCGAGUUAGAGAAGAAGACGGCUGCGCUGAAGGAAGCGUUGAGGGUAUUUAUUGAUGACCAUUUAGCUGCGAUGCUGGCUGCGGAGAAUUUGGGCGGCCCGGUUGUAGGGGAUCAGCUUGAGGUGUCGGAUGCCACGCUGGCGGCAGGGUAUACGACACAGGGGAAGGAGAGGAGGAUUAAGGCUCCUGCUGGUGCGGAGGUGGAAAGGGAUUCGAGGCAGCAGCGGAUUGAUGAGCUGGUUUCUCGACUACCGAGUGGGAGUGGGGGUGGGGAUGGGUAUGGUCACAGAGGCGGAAUAGGCAGCAAGCGGGAGGCAGCUGGGCAAGAGGUUCAUGCUUUAAUUGAUUCGUUGGUGGAGGCGGCUAGUACGUCAUCCUAUAUCAAGUUAGAGCGAGACACUGCCGCGUCUAGGUUCCUGGUGAAAGCGAAAAUUGCACAGUUUCAUCCGCGGGAUGCGCGUCGGCUACGGCUGAUUGAUUUUGCGAGGGAGCUGAUUGAUUGAUAUAUAUGUGCAUACUUAUACAAAGACCCACACUGAACAUGUCGACGCUACAAACAAAAUAUGAGGUGUUAUAAACAGCUGCCUAUGUUCUAUGGCUGGAGGUCAUUAAAAAGGUACAAAACAAAGACUCAUGACCUAAUCGAGCGUGUCGUCCCUCAGAGCGAAAAGUUGUUUAAUCAACUCAUCGGCGUUCGCACGGAUCGCGUUGUGAUACAUAGUAUUCGUAAUGAACUGCUUGCACCCUCUGAUCUUCGCUGCAGUUUCCGUUGCCAAUGCGUAAUGCACAUACAUGUCAUCCACGAAGGUUGCUGAAAAUACCGGUACCUCGUUUUUGGCUAGUUGUACUUCGUCAUAGAGAUCUGGCCAUCCGUCGUACGCUGCAAUGAUGUCCGCAGCGGCUUUGACUUUCCUGAGCUCAUUGGAAGAUUCAAACAUGUGUGGGUAUAUCUGUGUGUGUGUUAAAUCCCGUCGUCAAUCUUGGGUUUUUGUUUCAUCCAAGGGGCGGGUGCGCUUUUAACUCACCAUUUCCCCAGUGAAAAACAACGAACUCCCCCCAAAUUUGUUAUUAUAUGAGGAGAACCUAGAUAGCAAUCUAUCCGCACACCAGUUCGACGGCUCCCUAUAUAAUCAUUUAUAUUUUUGCUCUGCAGAUCGUCGCGCAAAGGGGUUUACCUACCCUUGGCAAUAUAUAGCUUCAUGAAGAACCGCAUAGAGGAUAUUAUUAUCGAAGGUAGUAGCAUUAUCCACUAAUGCAAGAGUUGGUGUGGUCAAAAAGUUAAACGUUUCGAGUUCGUUGUGUACUCUUAGCACGAUAUCUGCACACAUUAACAGUGAGUAGACUUGAAUGUGAC